CGGAGCGGCGUGUUGGCGAAUGCCUUCAAUUCACACCGCUUCGCAACCGAGAGCACUCUCCUCUUAAGAAUCCCUCUUUAGGACGGAAACGACGACUGUGGGCGAUAAGCUCGUUAUCUUAUCUCAUUGGGAUCAACAAUCAGCCGAAUCCGACCUUCACUUCACUGCCCCACCAUCCACCUCCAGUCCGGUGGACGAGGGAGAAUGGAGCUCCGCGAAAGGACGUCAUUCCUAGUCUCGCAGCAUCGAGCUCCCAUUCUAGCUGUUGCCAAGACGCAACUGCCCCUGGAUGCGAACAUCAAAUCAAUUGGCCACGGUGACAGCUUCGCGACAGCGUCCACGUUUCCUUUCAGUCAACCUCGCAUGACCUGGCAGAGUUCUUCUGAUUUUCUUUUUUUGAUUUGAUACACGUCAAUAUGUGGAUUCUGCCUCUUGUUGGCUAUCUCGGCUCCAUCGUGGGCUUCUGCUUCAUGACGCUGGCCAUAGCGUCUGGGCUAUACUACCUGUCUGAAAUUGUCGAAGAACACACGGUCAUCGCCAAGCGCUUCCUCACGAAACUGAUCUACUCCAUCAUGGUCCUGCAGUUGUUGCUCUGCAUCGUUGACCGGUUCCCCGUCCUCCUGACAACCCUGGGCAUCUUCUCGCACUUCGUCUAUCUCGGCAAUAUGCGGCGGUUCCCGUUUGUCAAGCUAACGGACCCUCUAUUCCUGACCUCGUGCGUGCUCGUCCUUGUAAACCACUACGUCUGGUUCAAACACUUUUCCCACCACCAGGAGCGUGCCUACCAGAAUAUGGCCUCAUACUACGACAGACCCGAUGACAUGCCCUCGUUCACCGAGAUCGCCUCCUACUUUGGCCUAUGUGUCUGGCUCGUGCCCUUCUCGCUGUUUGUCAGUCUAUCGGCGAGCGACAACAUUCUCCCAACAAUGGGCAGCGAGCCGUCACCAUCUGGGACCGGGGGUAUGGUUGACACUGGCGCCGCAAGAAGACGCGGCCAGGGAAUGGCGAAGGCAUUGGUAGACAGUAUACGCGGUGCUAUUGGCGCAGGGAGUUCUAUGGUUGGGUGGAAGAAGCCCGAGGAUCGGCUAUGAGUUGCAAAUAUUCCAUUGGCAGCAUUAUCGCACAGCGGGCGUUUGGAUGGUUUGGAAAAAGCUGUUUAUUUCUGGCUGAGGUUCAAAUGCAUCGCUACUGUACAUUGUCAUGAUACCCGCUGAUAACACCCAGCGCUGAAUUGUCCUACCGUUUCUUCCACUCACACCACAAGACGUGACCUUUCAUCUUCCACCGUCACUUAGCUUUUUAUUGAUCUCAGCCAGCUCCGCCUGGGCAGC